UAAAUAGUGCAAGGUCACACGUUGGCAGUAAAUGCGUUUGAUAUCGCAUCAGGACCGACGUCUUCAUUCUUGCGACUGCAUUCGUGAUUUCCCAGAAUGGCGGACUCGGAAGGGAAGCUUUGCAUUACAUCAGCAUCGGCGCAUGUCUUCAUUACCUCGGUGCUUGCGAAAUUCAAUGUGCCGAAGGAUCGGGCGGAAACAAUGGCGGACGCGCUCGUCCAAGCCGACCUGCGCGGUGUCGAUACGCACGGGAUCAAUAGGCUGUCGGGAUAUAUCGAUCGGGUGCGGACCGGAGUCCUGGACCCCAGUCCCGACCUGGCCUUCGUCAUGAAAACGCCGGUCAUCGCUCACCUGGACGCUAAGAACACUUUUGGGAUGGUUGCUGCUUCCCUCGCAAUCGACAAAGCCUCUGCGAUUGCAGACACAUACGGAAUCGGCCUGGUCGCGGUGAAGCACAGUAAUCACUACGGUAUGGCAGCUACCUACCUCCUGCGAGCGAUGAAGCGAGGCUUUGCGGCAAUAGCCUUCACGAACGCAGCGCGAAGCAUGCCCGCCUGGGGAUCGAAGGAGCCUUUGCUGGGUACGAGUCCAUUCGCUGUGGGGGUCCCGGGCGGGGAGAUGGGCGACUUCGUGCUGGACAUGAGUCCCAGUGUCGCAGCGCGAGGAAAGAUUCGGAAGGCAGCCAGGCGUGGAGAGAAGAUUCCGGAAGGUUAUGCGCUGGAUGCUGAGGGAAAGCCUACUACGGAUCCGGAAGCGGCGCUUGAAGGAACGGUGCUUCCCAUCGGAGGCCCGAAAGGGAGCGGCCUGGCCAUGAUGAUGGACAUCUUCGGUGGAGUGAUAAGCGGUGCCGCGUUUGCAGGAGGCGUAAAUGACCAAUACAAGAACCUAAAGGAACCGCAGAACGUUGGCCACUGGUUCAUUGUCUUCAGGCCCGAUGUCUUCCUAGCGGGCGGCGCCGAGGAAUUGAGGGCGCGGAUGGAUACGCUGAUGCGUACGGUUCGGCAAUCGGAGAAGGCAGCAGGCGUUGAUCGGAUAUGGACGAGCGGAGAGAUUGAGGCGAACAUGCAAAUGCAGCGGGAAGCGGAGGGUAUACCCUUCACGAGGGGCGAGGUGGAGGCGUUGCACGCGUUGGCGGACGGAAUUGGGGUGAAUGCGCGGCUGGAGACAAUACCUAGGUAUCACGAGGCCCGAUGUACCCGGGGCGUGUAGCAGUGCGAUAAUUACUGUUCAUCAAUAGCGCGGUCUUCGUAUGGCGUCGCGAGAAAAAGGCGAUGAAGCGCUGG